AAGGCAGCAUUAAACCUCUGGUUGUCUACGCAUGCCGUGACGUAGGCACGCACGUAAACAUUUUGUAACUAAUCAUGGCGGCACCAUUGGUCAGGAUUUUCUCAAAGUCGUGCAGGAAUAUCUCUCGACCAUGGGGUGCAUGUCAGGCUGGAUGGAGGAGCAGGUCAUCCAAUCCUGCCUCAGAUGUGUCCUCAGACAAAGCAGUUGGUGUGGUCUCCUUUCCUCCACUGCAGACAUUUUCAGAGGAGGAGAGCAUGAUGAGGGAAGCAGUAAAGAAAUAUGCCCAGGAGCGCAUUGCUCCAUUUGUGUCAAAGAUGGAUGAGAACUCUGCCAUGGACGAGGAAGUGAUCACAUCUCUUUUUGAACAGGGUCUCAUGGGCAUCGAGAUUGACCCCGAGUACAACGGCACUGGCUCCACCUUCUUCUCCUCCAUUCUGGUCAUUGAGGAGCUGGCGAAGGUGGACGCCUCCAUCUCUGUGCUCUGUGACGUCCAGAACACGCUGAUCAACACGCUGUUCAUCAAACUGGGUACAACAGCUCAGAAAGAGCAGUACCUCAGCCGACUGUCAACCGACAUGGUUGGAAGCUUCUGCCUCUCUGAAGCAGAGUCGGGGAGUGAUGCCUUCUCUCUGAAGACGCGUGCUGAGAAACACAAAGACUAUUACGUCAUCAACGGAUCCAAGAUGUGGAUCAGUAAUGCAGAGCAUGCAGGUGUUUUCCUCGUGAUGGCAAAUGUCGACCCCUCUUCUGGAUACAAAGGCAUCACCUGCUUCAUCGUGGACCGGGACACGGAGGGUCUUGAGAUCGGCAAGAAGGAGAACAAGCUCGGUCUGCGUGCGUCCUCCACCUGCCCGCUCAACUUCGAUAACGUCAAGGUACCAGAGAAGAACAUUUUGGGCCAGGUCGGUCAGGGGUACAAGUAUGCCAUCGGGAUGUUGAAUGAGGGGAGGAUUGGAAUUGCUGCUCAGAUGAUCGGGCUGGCACAGGGCUGCUUUGACCACACUAUUGCUUACACCAGGCAGAGAGUCCAGUUUGGACAACGCAUCUUUGACUUCCAGGGCAUGCAGCACCAAAUAGCGCACGUGGCAUCGCAGAUCGAAGCUGGUCGGCUGCUGACCUACAACGCGGCUCGUCUGAAGGAAGCUGGGCGACCUUUCAUCAAGGAGGCCUGCAUGGCGAAAUACUUCGCUGGAGAGGUUGCAACCCUAACCACAUCUAAAUGCCUGGAAUGGAUGGGAGGGGUCGGCUUCACCAAAGACUACCCCAUAGAGAAAUACUACAGAGACUGUAAAAUUGGCACCAUUUAUGAGGGAACAACAAAUAUUCAGCUGUCUACGAUCGCCAAGUUCAUUGAUAAAGAGUAUGAUCACUGACACCAUCGGACUGGAGCCUGAUGGAUCCCAAACCUGUGUUACCCUCCAUAUUCUUCCCCUCAAAUGACUGAGUGCAUUGCUGUAGAUCUGCAUUCAUGUUUCUAGAGUUUUGUUGCAGUUAUAGAUGUGUGUGACCGAUAUCACCAAUGUGUUCUCUUGUUAAGUGAUUCACACUACUGAUGUUAUUGAUGGUGGAGGUACAUUUCUUCAGUUUUUGGUUUAAAGUUGAUGGUACAACGAUGAUUUCUUUGUAUUGCUGUCAAUCAGACUUUUCCAAAAGUCUCGGAGUAACAACAUUUUUGUAGAGCUGUAUCGCUUCCCUCUUGUUCACUGUUUCUUCUUCUGCUUAUUGAGAUAUGGUGAUUAAUCAUAACAGCACAGCAUAACUGAUAUAUACGUUUCAAGAUGAGAAUCUUGAAAGAUAUUGAUUGGGAUUUUCUUUGAAUUUUUCCAGUGCCUUCCGGGUCGGCUAUAUGACCUGAGCUCAAUCACUUCAUAGUGUGUUGCUUACGCAGGCUCUCAAAUAGGUGAAUUCUAACAUGUUUAUAUCUUUAUAAGCUCCAUUAAUCCCUUAUUUCUGUAGAGUUCCUUAUUUGGGGAAAUGUGAAAAUUAUGUUGCAUCAUAUCAAGAAAUAUUCAGUAUUGAUUAAUAUAUUAAUAACUUUGGCAAUACCAAUAAAUAUGAUAGUGCAAUUGGCCGGCUUUCUUUGUGACUGAGGCGGAUUAAUACUUCACCCUGUCACUAGAUGGCAGCAUUCUCCAUUGACAGCAGCCCUUUGAGUUGAGACAGCUUCUCACUGAGACUCGUCCUGCCAAGUCGUUUACCAGCCUGUCACCUCUAAUGACAUUUUAUAUCAGUUUAAUUAUGCCCAUGCUUCAGAUGAAAAGGACCUGGCUUGCAUAAUCGACUCACUGAUAAUUGUUCAGGUGAGAUUGAUAACAACCCCACUGCCUGUGCUGUGUACAAUGAGGUCUGUUGUUGUACAUGACACACAGGCUGUGUUGUAGAUGAUUAUAUGUAUUAACAGGGAUGAAAACUGUCGCAAUGGAGAUUGUCACAAUUGUCAUUUAUAUAGAAUGUCAGAUCUCCAUGAAGUUAUGGAGAAGAUUUGUUAUUACAUUAAUGAAACUUUAUUUUAACAGAAAAAUAACAAAGCUUCCUUUCUCCUUCGUGGCCAGACAACUAUAUAUUAUAUACUAUUCAAAACGGAGAGAUGGGGAAAUGGUAUACUAGAAGACAAAAAGAGUUAAAUUCAAAUGUUCCUUUUGUAAAAUACUUCCUGACAAAAAUAUAUCUAGAUACCUAACUUAAUUCUAUUUAGAAUUGUUACCAUAAUAUGAUAUAUUCAUGCAGUGUUACCUGUUGACACCAGAUCAAACACAACGGAUAUUAUAAAUAGUAUCAUUUAGGCGUGGGGCAUCACGGAUACAAAAACUCCAACAUGAGGAGAGUUAGUCUUGGCGGGUGGCGUAAUUAGAUGAUGAACAUGACGGGUUCAAAUUAAAUGAACACGGAUGGAGAACAACAUGUUACUAACAUCAGCAUAAAGUAUGAGUAAAAUGACAACAAUUAAAAACCAA